CGACGCGGAAGAGUUGUCCGCGUCUCAAGUCUCCAAGCAAACGGCCCCAGCAUGGCAACGGCGCGGCUCUGCGUGCUCCUCGUUGCCCUUCGUGCGACUCUGGCGAACGACGCCGGAUUGAGGUACAAACCGGCCACCGAACCCGUCCGGUUAUUCACCGAGGAGGAGCUGAGGAGAUACGACGGCAGCGAGGAGGCGCAACCUGUUUACAUGGCAGUCAAGGGGGUGGUGUUCGAUGUCACCGAAGGAAAAGAGUUUUAUGGUAAAGAUGCUCCAUACAACGCCCUGGUCGGCAAGGACUCCACCCGAGCUGUGGCUAAGAUGUCCCUGGACCCUGCCGACCUGACAUCGGAUACUACAGGCCUCACCGAAGAGCAGCUGAAGUCUCUCGAUAGUAUAUUCGAAGGCACAUACAAAUCAAAGUAUCCCAUUGUGGGCUACACAGCAUCGCGCAUCCUCAACGAGGACGGAAGUCCCAACGAAGACUUCAAACCAGAGGACCAGCCUCAUUUUCAAAUCAAAGAUGAGUUCUAAUCUCAUGUCCCCUGUUUGCAAAUUAUAGUUGUUUCAAAUAGUCUCGUUGUGAAGGAGUUUUUUUUUGUUUUUUUUUGUUUUGUUAGCGUUUGGAAUAUUUUCUCUUUACUUGACCGGAAUCAGAAUGAAAUGUGCCAAGUGCAAUACAUGUAUGAGAGGAGAACAAAAUACAUAUGACAGACACUUUCUAUCCAUAUUUACUUGAACUGAAGGUUUACACGGUUCUUUGUCAGCUAUGAGAGCUUUAAUGUACACAGCCCCUAAGAAACCAUUUCAAUACACGUUGUAACCUUUGUAAGUACGUUUUUAAAUUUUCAAAAUAAUUCAGUUUUUGCUGCUCAAAUACAGAGCAGGAUGACAGAUGUUUCAUUUUUUAGCUCCAUAUAGCUGCAGUGCAUUUUAUCUAAUUGCGGCGAUGCUGUUCUACAUUUGUCGGAGCCAUAAGAACGACCAAAGUUAAAACAUACACAAAGAUUUGAUUUGAUUUAUUUAGUAGAAACAGGUAAUGAAAGUCAGAUGAAUCAAACACCAUCCGCUGACCCAGAAAAAGUGGGAGGGAGGGAGCACACCAGACACAAUCAACUAACCGAACAGCAGCGCUCACAUUUCCUUGAAUUCGAUUUUAGUAGGGUGACCACUAACUUUUGUUUUUUAUUAUCGAUAGCGAUGAAUCAGUUAAUCAUUAAUAAAAUAGUAAAAAAUUUGCAGCCGGAGAGAAAACAAUCUUGGACUUGUUGCUUGAUAAAUCACAUAAGUGAUCAUCAGAAUUGUUGCCGGCUAUUUUCCUGUUACACACUGAUGAAUUGUUUCAGCUCUAUGUGGCUCAUAGUAAUGACCAACAGAAUAUUUAUGUUAUUUAAAACCUGUUCAUCUGCUGCUCUGUAAAUGUUUGCAUGAUCAGAAUCCGUCCCUUUGUUUUCAACCUGGUUGUUGUUGUUGUACAAUUAUCAUUAAAGUCUGUUAAAGUCAAACUUCUUAAGAGUUUGUGUCACUCGAAUUUUCCGCAGUUACAUGCUGCCGUCGGUGUGUUAGCUCGACGCGAUCUUCUUUAUGACCAGCUCAUGUCAUCUACAAACAGGCAACAUAAAUAUC